CCGCCCGCGGAGGCAGCAAGUCGGCAGGGGGGGAGGGGAGGCGGUGUUGAGCGGUUGUCGAUGCGGAUUGGGGGGUGGGGGCCUCCAGUCAGACUAAGCAACGGGGUAAGGGGGGUGGUGGGGGGGGCCGCUGGCAAGGUACCCUGAACGCUCACCCCCAAGCACAUAGACUCAACCUGGGAGCCUCAGCGGCGUGCCUGCCGCCUGGAGCUGGGCCUUGCCCUGGGCUGCAACGCUCAGGAAACACCGCGGCUUCAGCUGAGGCCUACAACUUUAUUUUUCGUUCUGGAAUACUUUGGGACUGUGUUUUAUUGACGGAAUUAACUAGGAUAAGUUGCUCCAAGAGCCGGGUCUCCGAAGAACUGGGUCUGAAGAGAUUACUGGGACUUCACGGCCAUUGGCCUGUCUAAAGGUUUCCUCAUGUCCGUGAAGUGUCUUUCGAGGCUCUGCGGCUCCCCGCCCUCGGUGUGGUCAGUCGCUGCGAUUCCGACCCCGUGAUUCCCUCCGACCGCAGUGCCGGACGUCAUGAGCAUUGCAAUCCCUCUGGGAGUCACCACACCAGAUACAUCCUAUUCAGACAUGGCCGCCGGAUCAGACCCUGAAUCAGUAGAAGCUAGCCCAGCUGUAAGUGGGAAAACUGUUUAUGCUACCCAUAACUACCCUGGCACCCAGAGUCAUGGCUACAGAGGUCUGCCAUAUGCAGUAAGUAUGGACCACAACUAUGGUGCCCCUCCACCACCCACGCCUCCUGCAUCACCACCUGUCCAAGCAGUCAUCCCCCGAGCAGAGCACAACGGUAUUCACUCACCGGAUGAGGAGGAGAACUCUGGGGAAAGCGAUAGCUCCUCGGAGGGGGAAGACCUUACCAAUUGGUGCCAGUGCAGCCUUUCCCAGGAAGGGUUUCUCAUCAAAUGCGAGAAGUGCAAGGGUGCAAAUCGUGGAAAAGUCAUCCAGCUUAAUCACAGGAAGCAGGACAAUGUCUCAGGAGGUGAAAGUAGCGCUACAGAAAGUUGGGAUGAAGAACUGUCUCCAUCCACUGUGCUAUACACAGCAACUCAACACACACCAACCAGCAUUACUCUCACAGUCAACCGGGUUGGAAAAAGUAAACCAAAAAAAAGAAAGAAAAGCACUGAAAAGGCUCGUACUACUCCCAAAGCAAAGAAAAUAAAGGCUUUCCGGGAAGGCUCACGCAAGUCCUUGAGAAUGAAGAAUUCUCCGUCCGACGCUCACACCUUGGAUGAGAACACCACGGAAGACUGGGAGAAUCGGAUUCGGCUGUGGACUGACCAGUACGAGGAAGCCUUCACCAACCAGUAUAGUGCUGAUAUGCAGAACCUGCUGGAGAGUCACGUUCGCUCCAGCAAAGAGCUUAUUGGCAAAGCUGCAGCUGGUGAAACGAUAAAAAAGACUGAGCUGGCUUGUAAUAAUACAGUUGUCGGCUCCCAGAUGCAGUUACAGUUGGGAAGAGUCACCCGUGUGCAGAAACAUCGCAAGAUACUACGGGCAGCAAAAGAUCUGGCACCUAACACCCUGGUCAUAGAGUAUCGUGGAAAGGUCAUGCUACGGCAGCAGUUUGAGGUCAAUGGGCACUUCUUCAAGAGACCAUAUCCCUUUGUGCUGUUCUAUUCUAAAUUUAACGGUUUAGAGAUGUGUGUGGAUGCCCGUACCUUUGGAAACGAUGCACGAUUUAUAAGAAGGUCAUGUACACCGAAUGCAGAGGUUCGGCACAUGAUUUCAGAGGGUAUGGUCCAUCUUUGUAUUUAUACUGUUGCUGCUAUUGCAAAAGAUGCUGAAGUCACCAUUGCCUUUGAUUUUGAUUACAGUAACUGUAAUUAUAAAGUGGACUGCGCGUGUCACAAAGGCAAUCGGAACUGUCCUGUUCAGAAGAGGAAUCCUAUUCCCAUAGACCUGCCACCGCCGGCCCCUCCUCCUGCACUCUCCAUAGGUGCAGAAACUAGGCGAAGGAAAGCACGGCGGAAAGAGCUCGAGCAACAGGGCUUUGUUGUUGAGGACCGUGCCAACCAUCAAACGGGGGAGCCACCAAAGACACCUGUUGCAGAUGUAGCCACCAAUGACCAGGAGGCACAGGAAGAGAAGAAGGCAGAGCCUGCUGCUCCUGUGAUUGAGGAGAGGAGAAGAAAGCGUAAAGAUCCAGCUUUGGAGCUAACCCUUCCUGAACCUGAGGUUCCAUCUACCGUUGAAGAUGUUAAGCCACCAGAGGAGUCCUCUCCGGUUGAAGCUACAGAUCCUGAGGCUGAAAAUAUGGAGGCAGAAGAGAUUGCUGCUAACAAUAAUGUAGGAGUUAACACACGAAGAUCUUCACAGGCAGCGGAAGUUGUGGCGGAGAAACCUGCUGCAAAGCCAAUUCCACCCAAGUCCUCCCGGCCACGACCAAAGAGUCGCAUGUCUCGCUACCGAAGUGCUUCAGCGCAAAGGCUUAGACGGCAGAGGCAAGCAGUUGCACAGCAGGUUGAACAAGUGCAUACAGUUGCUGAGGAAGGAGGAGCAGUAGCAUCAUCUGCAAACACCACAGAGCCAGGCGCAGCAGAAAGUGUAGGGCAGAGUGGCAACCCCCAGGGCGCAGACUCACCAGCAGUUUCACAGACCGCGUCUCAGCCUUCCCGAGCUAACCUUAAAUACCACAAAACUAAAAAGUACUUGGUUACAGAAUGGCUCAAUGACAAGGUGGAGAAGCAGGACUGUCCUAUUGAUCACCCCUUGCGGAUUACCACGGACCCGACUGUUCUGGCCACCACACUUAACAUGCUUCCUGGGCUUUCCCAUUCUCCUUCCAUUUGUAUUGCUCCCAAACACUACGUGCGCUUUGUGUCUCCUUUUAUGCCAGAACGGCGGAGAAGGCCACCAAAAGCGGACGGGACCUAUGGCUCCUGUAAAAAGCGAUGGAUGAAACAAGCCAUGGAUGAUCUGAAAACGCAACCCGUCAGCCCCCCACAAGAAAAAACCCAAACUCUAUACCAAAGUAAUGAGAGCAGCCUCUCUUCCACCAACAGUACAGGCACGACAGCCCCUUUUAAAAAAUGGAAGAUGAAAUAUGUCCUGGAAGAAAACUCUGGCACCUUAACAAGUCCUUUGUCGUUUGUCACACCCCCCUUGCUCCCAAACUCCUCAACCACAGACUCCCUAAGUCCACUGCAGACAACACCAAGUUCUUCCCUACCUGGGGAAGAAGAAUCACGGUUUGGAUAUGGACUUAUGUUCUCUCCGAUUCCUUCCCUUGCUGCUAGCCGUUGUAAUACUCCACUACAGUUUGAGAACAUAUCCUCCCCAGAGACCUCCCCAGCGCAUAGGCCCGAGUCCCUGUCACCAGAGCCCUGUCUGCGGCCUGAUCUGGAGAUUCCAAAAGCCAGUUUCUUGGAUUCCACCUCUGAGAUCUGUCCAGAUCAAUCGUCCAUCGUCACUGGUCUUGCUGAAUUAGCUGGUCAGUCCCCCAGCACAUCUGUAACAUAUGGUGGAGCAACAGAAAAUAACUUAAUGGGGAAAGGUUCAGAAGGGUCCACGCUGCUAAGGACAUCAGAACAGGCUGUCCGGACAGAAUUCAGUUUAAUGUAUGCCUUCUCCCCAUUGAACGCUAUGCCUCGGGCUGAUGGCUCAUUACGAGGGUCACCUCUUGUUGGGGAAAGGAAACCUUCCCAGUCAGAGGCAUAUUGUGGCUCUCCGGUAGAGGCCUACCAUGGGAAGCUUGGCACAGGACUUCUGAAAGAGGCAGCACAAGGAUCAAUGUCUCCAUGCAGUGAAAGGAUUUGUGAUGGGAUUCGAUCAUCUCCACAGAACCCACCACAAAGGAAAAAGGUGUCCCUGCUGGAAUAUCGCAAGCGAAAACAGGAGGCAAAAGAGGUGAUUUCAUCCCCUGUGGGAGACAUAUUUCGCUGUGUGGGGACCCCAACUCGCCAGAGCAGCAAUGGGUCCUUAUCUGACACAGACUUGUCAAGUUCCUUGCACCUUCAAGCCCAGUCUUCUCCACAUAGCGGCUUUUCUUCUCCUGCCCAUCCCUCAAUGCCUCAGAUAGAGGAUGUUAGCCCUCCAGACACAAAGACUUCAGGCCCUUCUGUAUCUCACAGCAAGCAUUCUGAGAACAUCAGCAGCAGGUGGAUGGUCCCAACUUCAGUGGAACGGCUGCGCGAGGGGCAGGGCAUUCUGGAACGGGUUCUGCGCAGUGGGGUGAAGGUGUCGCACAUUGGAGAACCUUCCCCUUCUAGAGACAUCAGUGCAGAUAGAGACCCUGAGGAGGGAGACCCAGAGAUGCCUAGCAUGGCUGUCACCAAAGGACCAAGCGUUUAUAGCCCUUCCAGAUACAGUUACCAGCAAGUCCUCCAGUGUGACAGUCCUCAACCAGAGUCCCUCAACCUCCUUUCUCAGAGUUCAUCCCCUUUCCGAGGACCCGCAGCACAGUCCCACGGCUACAGCUAUCGGACACCUCAAAGAGCAGGACAUCCGCUGCCCGAUUCCUCUGUCAUUUCCGGCUCAUAUUCAAGUCCUGCUCACACUGCUUCCAUGGACUCCCCAACCACCCAGUGUUCAGGUGGUCCUGGCUUUUAUAAUAGCCAGCAGCUUUACGGGAGCAACGCCGGCACAGGCCAGCCAAGGAAGAGCUUCCAUCACAGAGGCCCCAGCUGUGAGGCAAGUCCAGCUCAGUUGCUCAGGACAGACUCUCUACCCACAGACUCUCAGCCCAGCACUGGGGCAUCUAGCAACUCCAGCACCACGCAAGGAUCAAGAUCGGACUCACGAACUAUUACGCUGCCCAGCCCUGGACACCAAAGUUCCAGGAUAUCUGCAAUGUCCAGUCCCCAGCAUUGCCCUCAACGUGUGGCUGGGGUGCAACAGUACCGGCUGCAGCAGGUUCAAGGAUCAGGAGUGAAGUCUCAGACUGGCUUUUCCUAGAACUGACACUUAAUGGAGAAGCAGGACAGCACUAGCCCAUCAGCCAUUCCGAUUCCCUCCACAAGAUGGGGUGGUUUUAUUAAUGGCUCUGGCCAGCACCUAAGGAGCUGCGUUGUAUGAGUCUUAGACUUGAAGCAGGCGGAAAGUAGCCUUGCGAGUAGCGAACACCCCUACUUUCCACACACAAACAUUGCAGAGACUUCACAUACCAUGAUCACAGGAACGAUGCGAAUAUUAUGCAUCAUGCAAUUAUUUUUUGUUUUCCUUUUGUGUCACCAGAAAUCUCCUCUAGUCUCUUGUGCAGUAAAGGACAAAUUUUUUUACAUGAUUAAAAAAAAAAAAAAAAAAAAAAUCUUCAAAUUAAAAGUGAAUUAAAAAGGGGGAGUAGAAGAAGUUUAAAGAAGCACCUAUAUUUGUAGCAUCGGGUUAUAACAUUUUGGAGAUUGGGUGGGGGGAAAAAAAUGAUGGGAGGAUCUUUUAUGGCCAUUCAUUCCAGGCACACAUGUUUGUUAGCCGUUCGCUCUGUUCUGGGUGUCACCACUUCUGAUUGGCUAUAGCGCUCUUGCAGAGGAUCGCGGAAGUGAAGCUAUGGUUUUGCUUUUUGUUGCUUUUUUUUUUUUAGAUUUUAAUUUUUAUUAUGAUAUAUACAGAACAGAUAGUGCUGUAAAUCUGUACGGGCUUGUAAGUUUCUGCGUUUAGCCAUUUUUACUGAAAUGUUAUAAUUCCCAGCGAUUAACUGCACGGAACACGUUUUCCACCAAAUCCAGAUUGCUUAAAUGGCCACUAUACUCUAUUGUUUUCUAAAUAGGGGACAAACAUGUGCUUGGCAUAGUUUCAUGUAUCUUUCUGUACAGGGUAAGAGAAUCCUAGCAUGGCUGUCCCUGCCCUGGGGAGGGCUAUUUGUGGCUCUGUUCCAUAGGCCACAACCCCAUAAAACAGUCAGGGGAUUAAAAGGAGGUUUAUCCAAGUCACCAAGGAAGAUCAUGGCUA